CAUUUUUCUUUGACUCAGCUUCUUGUCUUGAUAAUAAUAAGAUAAUAAUGAGUGCUUAUAUAAAUAACAUUUAGCAAAUUAUGGAAACAGAAGAUAGAAGGUAUAUAAAUUUGCUGCACAAAUCAAUGUAUCUUGUGAGUUAAGAAUUAAAUAUUAUAACAAAAAAAAAACCACACGUUGGCUCUCAAAAUUACUCGUACACAUGCUUUCGCAUUGAACUUAAUGAUUUAUUUAACUGUAGAUACAUUAAUGGGUAAAUUAACUUGAUUGGUUGAGUGAAUUGGGGUUAAACUAUUUGAACGCGUAUAAGUCAUAUAGUGUGCCGUAGGCAAACAUGCGGAAAAAAAUGUACGACAUGAUUAAACGACAUAAUAUUAAUUACCGAAAAAUAUACAAUACUAAUUGUCGCACUGUCGUCUCGUUUUAUUACCUAUAAUACAUUUUAUUAUCUACAUUUAUGAAAUAGCGAGGAACAAUGCGUACGCAUAGUUAUAAAAUUUUAUAUAUUUUUGGAAAAAAAUGCAGACCGAUUUAUUAAAUGAAAGAUUGAUUAAAAGUUAUACGUCAUGGGUUAAAUUUUUUUUAUAUCUUAUUGUUAAUCAAAAUAGAUACAGGCGUCACGUUGAAAUUCAAGAUGUAGGGAAGCGAACGUCGUAUAAAUGUAAAUGGAAAAUGUUACCGUUUUUACGCAUUUAUAAUUGCUUCGCGAAAUUGGCUUCUCGCUGAAAACAACGAAUGGCGAAUUAAUGAAUUGCAAAUAAUAUUGCGUACCGUGUGCUCGGCUCAUCACAAGUGUAAAAUCUAAAAAUUCUCUUUCGUUUUCAGCUUCAAACCAGCGAGACAUUCUUUAUGUCAAGCUCCUCAAUCACGCAUUCGAUGAUCGAUUAAGUCGGACAUAUGUAAUCGCGUAAUCGCUCUAUCACGAAUCACGUGCUUCAGGCCGGAUCACUUUGUUCGCAUCGGGACUUGAAAGCAGAGAGAGCAAUGUACUGUGUGUGACUCAGGUCUUUGUCAGCCGGUCUUCAGGUUCGAGUUAUUUUCUGAUAAUUUAUCACGCGCGCGACGAAUGGCGCCGAAGUGCCCCUCGAAAUCCUCAUCCAGUUUCAAAUUGUCGCACGCUAAUCGCCUAACAGUUACAGCGAGUCCGAGACGCGUUACAGAUGUGCGUUAUUGAAGAGAGAGAAUCGCGGCGCGCGUAUCCUCCGAAUGAGUGCGUGGAUGCGAAUAGGCCUGGUGCAGACGGCACGGCUGCGGCCCACUCGCGUGGUUUGUUGAUCCAGCUUUUCCAGAUAAUGAAUCAGAUAAGGGAGACGACGAAAAAGCCGUCCCGCUACUGAGGACGGCUUUAGCGCCUCAACUUUCGCGUCGUCGUCGUCCAUAUCCGCCUAUAUCAUCCGUCGCCUCCUACUUUAGCUCACCCUUACGGGCCACGGGCUCUCUCUCUCUCUCUCUCUACGCGUCGUGUGGUUAAACACAGGCCAGUGAGAAGAGUAUUCCGAGUAUUUACCGCGUGCCCUCGACACGCGGAUGUAGAACGAAGUCGCGGCUCAGCGCAUCCUUCUCUUCUCGCGAGUUUCGCUGCUUUUCAUACACACGGAUUAGUGAGAGAUCACGAUCGGGUCGCCAUGUCGCGAUACGGUACCACUAUGAGCCUUGGAAGCUUACGGGACGUAAAAGACGACAGCAUGCGGCUGUGCUGCUCGAGGAAGGACGAGGCUGACCCGCUGUCAGGUCUGGAGAAUGGAGCUACGAAUGAUUCAGCGAGGAAUGACAUAGAAAAGUUUGGGUUGUACCAGGUGGUGAUGUUCGCAUUUCUCAGCGUGCCGUUGAUACUAUCGGCAGGAUUCACGCUUUCUUACGUGUUUACUGCGGGCGAGGUGAAAUACAGAUGCUUCGUACCGGAAUGCGAGUAUCCGGGAAACACGACGUUCGAACCGCCGUGGAUCAACGCUUCCGCACCGAAAAUCGACGAGGUCAUUUCCGGUUGCAAGCGUUACGAGGUGCGGGAUGAUCGUCCGGACACAUGCACGGAAACGUCAUUCACCAACGUUACCUGCGACUGCGACGCUUGGGUUUACGAUCCGGACGAGCAUACGAUACUCGACGAGUGGGGCUUUACCUGCGACGCUAAUCGAUGGAAGCUCACGUUGGUUGGCACGAUACAGAACACCGGUCAGUUCGUCGGCUUGAUGUUCGCUGGAUACAUAUCUGACAGGUACGGGAGACGAACCCUUUUGACGCUUGCGACGUUUCUGUCUGGAGUCAGUGGCUUGAUACAUUCCUUCUCCGUGAAUUAUUGGAUGUUUCUCGCAUUCGAAUUCCUCGAUGCCACCAUGGCGGCUGGAAUUUACAGCGCGGGAUUUAUUUUAGGAAUGGAGACGGCGGGAGUGAAAAACAGAGUCUUCGGAAGCACCAUCAUCUGCUGUAUGUUCGCCAUUGGUGAGAUCUUGCUGGGAUUGAUUGCGAGUUGGCUAAGAUCUUGGCGAACGCUUCUCAGAGUAGUGUACGGGCCGGGAUUGCUAGCUCUUCUCCUGCCCCUGCUCGUUCCAGAAUCAACUAGGUGGUUACUGUCAAAGGAUAAACACAAUGAAGUGGAGAAAAUAUACCGUAAGAUGGCUCAAAUGAACGGCCUGCAAGUAACGGACGAAGCCAUCAGUAAGUUCAAGGAAAUGAACACAGUUAAGAACGAAUCGAAAAGCGAGCUGGUGAUAUCGGACGAGAGGAAACCGAUCGUGCAGGUUCUACAUAGCUCAGUGAUACUCAUUCGGCUGCUAGUCUGCUCGUUCUGCUGGCUCACGAACACGUUCGUUUAUUACGGACUGUCGUUGAAUUCUGUGGCGUUCGCCGGGGAUAAGUACAUCAAUUUCGUGCUCGUCGCGGUGGUCGAGAUACCGGCGUAUUGCCUCGCCUGGGUGCUGACCGAUCACAUUGGUCGUAAACCAACGCUCUCCGGCGCGUUCCUGCUGAGCGGGGUGUUCUGCCUCGCAAUCCAGUUCGUACCGACAGGAGCCUGGAGUUACGGGCCUUUACUUUUAUACAUGUGCGGGAAGCUGUGUAUCACCAUGGCGUUCGCCACCGUCUACGUCUACACGGCGGAGCUGUUCCCGACGACGCUCAGGCAUUCCCUGCUCGGAAUUUGCAGCAUGACCGGCCGCGUCGGGUCAAUCUUAUCGCCGCAAACGCCUCUUCUGGCACAAAUAAUGCCUUCGUUGCCGCUCAUCCUGUUCGGAUCCAUGGGCGUGAUCGCGGGCCUCCUGUCUCUGAUAUUUCCGGAAACUUUAGGGACGAAACUUCCUGACACCGUGUGGGAGGCGGAGAAGAUCGGUAAGUCGAACGGGCCUCGCGAAAUUCUGGAUUUUAAAACGUCGCUGUGCCAGAGCAGCGCAGAACGUUAAGCCACACUAAGUCCUUCUCUUCCCUCUCUCCGUGCCAAGAGAAACGGCGAUAGCUUUUAAAAGUUUAUUGGCAGCGGUGAUCCCGAGAUGCGCCCGGUGACGCCAGACAGAGUUAAGGGGGGUGGUCUUCAUGAUGUCUAAAAUACGCGGGGUGCACGAUUGACGCAGCGGAGAGGAAGCACCCUGCCGAGGGGCGAUUUCGCCGCAACAACGAGCGCGACGCACGCUCGCAGAUUUUAUCUGUCGGCGAUUUGAAUAAGCACGGCAUAUUCCUCCCCGUAACUGUUUACCCUCCUCCGCCGCCGCCACUGCCGUCACCACCGCGCCCGUCGUCAUUUGUCUUACUCUCCCGCGUUUAUCCGCGUGCGCGCGUGGAAGAAAAGGAUUAUAAUAUCUUCCGGCAAAGUCCCAGUAUUCCCACGGUAUCUCGAAAUCUUCCGAAAUCUCCCCGACGUGCAUGCGCGUGCAAUUCGUGAGGCGUUAAAUGAAAAUAUAUCGGAUCUCCGCUGGUCCGUCGCAUUUGUACGAUAUUUGUAUAUUUUCUUCACGCGUUACCUUUCGCUUCGCGAGUCACGAUACUCGCGCGGCGCAUUUUUAAAAAGCGAAACAGAAUUUCAAUCCAUUAAAUUUACUUCGCGGAAAUCGUAGUACGUAAAAUUAGAAUUCCUCAAAUAAGAAUUAGGGCUCUGAAUAAUGUCAUAGACAUAAGGAUUUUAAUCGAGUGGGGAGGGGGGGAAGCGCAAAAAUUAUCAAACUUAUAUUAUCAGACUUAUAUUAAAGCCAGUUUUUCGGCGAACUUUCUUAAUACUUCUUUUUUAUCGCGAGCACAAUUUUUCUGUAUAUUUAUGUAUACGUAAUCCAUUGAAGCGAUUUUCUAACAUUGUUGACCACAAUCAGGUUUUCAUCAUUUGCAAUGCACUAUUUAAGUGCUCGUACACAGUUGGGCUAAAGAAAUAUGUAUAAAGAGCAUAUUUCAUUGUUAGAAAUAAGUUUCAAAUUCUUUUAACACUUCUACUAAUUGUAAUACUUUAAGUUUUUCUUUUUUUUAUUAAUUUUUUUUUUAGGGAAUAAUGCAUGAAUCAGGCACUGGUCAAUAAAUGUUUGUUGUAAAAUAAUUUUCAUAAUUUAAUUUUUUUCAUUAAUUAAUAUUAGAAUAACACCGCGAUUUGUAUUGUAUAUAUUGUAAUUAAAAUCGAGAAAACGCUAAUAUAUAGCCACAGCAAGAUUUUAGUGUAAAGAUAAUGUUUCUUUGUAUGAUUUUAAAUAUAUUUUCUAAUUUCUUUGAACAAUGUAUCUUUACUUUAGGUUUUUCAAACACAGCCCUUUGAAAUUGAAUCAGAAAAAUAAUAUCACAGAAUGAAAUUAGAAAUCAAUUUAAUAUUAGGUAUUUAAUUACGUAUAUACAGCCAUUGACAAAAUUAUUAGGCACCCUUGCUUCUACUAAACUUUUUAUAACUAAAUUGCGUAAGCUAAAAAAAUAAGUUAUAAAAAACAAUGGUGGACCAAGCAAACAUUAGUUUAUGUGGUUAUUUAAGAAAUAAAUGAUAUUUAUAAAGAUAGUGUUAUGUAUUUCUUUAUAAAUUGAAAAAAUUGUUAAAUAAAUAGGGUGCCUAAUAAUUUUGUCAAUGGCUGUAUAUUUAAAUACGUAAAUGUUUGAACUGAAGAAAUUCAAUCAAGUUGAAAAAUUUAGUCAAGUAAUUGAUACCUCGCUAACUACUUAUUUCAUACAUACAAUGUCUAAAACUUAUAUAUGGGGCACAUGUUGUCACGAGUCGGCUGCAGAAGCCGAUAAUUAAACUAUAAUUUUUUAAUUUAUUUUCGUUUUUCGUACCAAAUUAUAGUUAGCAAAGUAUGUUUUUGUCACUACUUUAAUUGUGUAGAAGGAUUUUGAGAUCUGUUAAACCAAUUAAGAGAUAUGAGUAUCCAAAAAUUAGCACGUAUAGAGACCGAUCCAGCAUCACCUUAAGACAGUGGUUCUUAAUCGGGGGUGUGGGAAAGCAUUUCUGGGGGUGCGAGAGACGUUUCUACGAGGGAGUAAUCACUAGCUAAAAUGUUGUCCCACAGUUUACAUGAUUUAAUUUUAUUUUAUAUGAUUUCAUCUGAUUGUGCAAAUGAUUUCAUCUAAUUAUACAUAAUAAUUUUUUGUGAUUGCAUAUGUAAUUAUCAGAUUUCUUGUGAUUAAAAAUGAUUUUAAUGGAUUAGAAACACCAUUAUUUGCUAAUUUCUUUCAAAUUAAAUUAAUUUGAGAGUUAACCAUUCAGAAAAUAGAUAUAUUCAAAACUUUAUUGGGAUUCAUUAUGAAUGAUAAAAGAUUUUUCUAAUAAAAAGGUCAUAAAAAAUUUUUGAUAACCUUUUUUUUAAAGAUAACAUGAAAACUUGAUUACAAAAGCCAAAAGCUUGUACUGAUUUCAUCAAAUUUUAUAAUACAUGAUUUCAUUAUAAAUUUCAUGAUGAUUACACAUGAUUUCGAAUAACACAAAUCCAAAAUGAUUUCUUCUGAUUUACAUAUGAUUUCUGGUGAUUUUAUUAUAAUUUCUAAUAAUUUCAUCUGACUUUAUGAUUACAUUUAAUUACAAAAUGAUUAUAUGAGGAUUCCGUAAAAAUUUCAUGAUUUCGGAAACACUGUCCCACGAUUACAUUUAAGUGAUCAUCCCUUCGCGUUUUUAGAUUAUUCUUAAUAGUAACAACCGUCUAACCGUUUGUAAAAAAUUAAUAAAUUAUUGUUUGUUAGAGUUGCGUUGACACAAGUUGCAUUUCACUCAUAAUUGUAGCCACUAAUUUUGAAUUUCAAAUAGUUUUAUGUUUACAUGUAAAUGUUUUUUUACAUAAUGUGCAUAUAUGUAUAUUUUUGUAUUUUUUCAAUAAAUAAUUUGUCUUGCAAUAAAUUUAUUUUUAUGUCCUAAAAAAACUCAUUUUUCAAGAAGGGGCGAGAAUGUAGUUUCCGAUUGAAAAGGAUGCGGGUCACUAAUAAGAUUAAGAACCACUGCCUUAAGAGAACAUUUUGAAAGGCCGACAUGUAUAAACAAUAUUAGCAUUUUUGUACACGCUUAUUUAUGAUUUUAAUAUUAGAAUAUUAAAAUGCAAAGUAAAAAUGUACAAAUAUAAAACACUCUAUACACAUAGGGUUAUUUAUGCUACUAAGACUCAAAGCUGUUUUUCGAAACACCUUGGAUAAAAAACAUGCGUGAAUUGAGAUUGGUAAUGUACCCGGCCUGUUCCUUACAUGUUAAACCUUUUUUUUUACGAAGGAGAUCUGUUCAAUCCUCAGCUCUUGUUAGAGCGUGGAACAUAGCACCUUCGUAUAUUCCUGUACGCUUUUUUUUACAAUUUACACAGAUAUAUGGAACCUACAGUUUAAACACGUUUCCGAACGGUCUAAUUUAGAGGGGAUUCUCGUGACAAGAUAGUCUCGAUAGUUUGCUUUCCGAGAGAUAUCGAUCAAAUAAAAUCAAGUGUUUCUGAUCAAUCGGAUUUGAACCUGAGUCGGAGAGCAAACGCACAACUCUCUGCAUCACGAUCGCUACUUAGAGAGAGGAUAGAGACUAUUUGAUCAGGUGUUCGGGUUCAAGUGUUUGCAGUAUUUUAAAGAAAAUAAAUGCUCUGGGUCACCCUCGUGUCGAACCGUAUGUACAGAAUGUUAAUGACUGCCAAUGUCCUAAAUCUUACUUGAGGAAAUCUACGUAGGUUUAAUACGAUAAGGAUGUUUGAAGAGAAAUGCAAAUGUCACCGUUCUACACCGGGAUUUGCUUCGCAUGGCGAUGCGCGAACGAUUUGCUCGCACGUGUGCCGUCAUCGCGAGCACCUGUCAGCGCAAAACAUUCGCGAAACACCGAAUAUCUACCGUGUACACUAUAUAGCAUAGUUUGACCAUUCAGUAUAUGACACGAGCUUUAUUUUUACCCUGAGCUCUUGGUAUUUUUAUCAUGUAAUUCACAGGCGUGACGUCAAUCAUGUACAUUCGUUGUUGAUUCGCCGGCAAUUUAGUUUUAAUUAUUCCGACGAGGUAUGCAUGCGCGCAUGUUACGCGUGUCUUACGUUCAUUCGUUUUUUAGUUUUACUACGAUCUCUUAUACGCACAUACGUAAACAAUGGCGUACCUAAUGAGAGUGUAAAUAAGUAUUACAAAUUAGAGCAGGAGUUUCUUUAUAACUGGAACUUUUGUUUCUUUUUUUUACCGACAAAAAAGAGAGUUAAUAAUAAUCAUUCUCGAGACAUUAGGUACACUGUGGUAUUGCGAAGUAUUAAAUAUUAAUAUAUGUAACGGAUUUUCUAAGAACGUUGUACUGAUGCAUGAUGUUUACCGCGAGCGUGAGAAAUAAUGUAUUGUAUCUUAUUGUAUAAAACUUGAAUGUGUUGUUAGAGAGAAUGAAUUACGUGAAAUGUAUAAAUGUGAAAGACGCAAAUAGAUUAUUCUUUAUAUGAA